GUCUUGACCAUGACCACACAAACGAUUCACGACUAUAUCAACAAGCAGCUCUCCAUCGAGAAGAAUAUCGUGACGUUCCGCUCCCUAAGCCGCCAGUUCUCUUUCAAUGUUCAUGUUGCUCAUAAUGAACUGGCGGCCUUUCUUGAGAGCACGAGUCAUAAUGCGGUUGCCACUUUUCUCGUCUCUGGGGAGCGACAACCCCUAGGUUUCCGCUUCAAUGAAGGAUCCGGAAUGGACGAAAACGAAAAGUAUGAAGAUGACGCUGAAGGGGAACAAGCACUGCAAUUCGCCUCUGUGCUAACCGUAGAGGCGAACCUUCAAGCAACCCAAGCCUCCUUCCGCACAGUCGAAUCUACUCUCGUCUACAGUCUGUCUCAUUCCCUUCCAAGGGACUCUGGACUUCUUUGCAGUCCGACGCCAGGGAUUAGAGCAAUAGAUGCGAAGAAAGAAGCUGAUUUUAGCAAACUUGUCGGCCAAGUUAUCUCAAGCCAUGUAGUGAAGUCAGAUAAACCUUUGCCAGCCUGGGGAGGCCGUAAAUCUGCCCCACCUGUCGCUGGACCGUCCAAAACAACCACGGCGCCCGUCAAGACGGAGAAGAAAGAAGCCAAGCCGAAACCCACGGGUAAACUCGACUUCAGCAAGGCUAAGAUUAAGGACGAGGAGAAGCCCGUCAAAGUUGAAUUUACGCCGAAAGCUACAAUCAGUGAGAAGGUUCGAGCCAAAAUGGAGGACAGCAAAAAAAGAGGGACCAAACGCAAGUCCGCACUGGCGUCUGACUCGGAGGAAGAGGAAGUCAUCAUCUCUGAACCCAAAAAGGUCACAGAGAAACCCCAGCCAAGUCUGAAGGCGGAAGCGUCUGUGCGCAUACGAAAAGGUGUUGUUCUCUCGGACGAUGAUGAUGACGACCCUUCUCCGCCGGUGGAUCGCAAAGGAAAAAACAAGGCCAUCAUAACGCAGGAGGAAAAGGACUUACACGCAUUAAUGGAUAUCGACGACGAGGCAAUCACGCGAGUUUCACGCAAGGAGCCUGAAUCAGAGAGCAAGACUGCUAGUGCAGAUGAAGAUGUUGAAAUGUCGGACGUGGAAGAGAAGCCCGCUGCUCCCCCCAAGCGAGAGCGCAAGCCGAAAAAAGUCAUUCCUGUUGGAAGGAAUGGACUGAAAAAGAAACGCGUCGUCAAGUCCAAGAUGAGUUUUGAUGCGAAGGGGUACACAGUUAUGGAGGACUACUCUGAGUAUGAGUCUGUAGAAGAGGAGGAGGAGGAUAAUUCACCGCCUCCCAAGGCAAAGGCGAAAGGCAAAGAAAAGGUGGACGCUCCUACUCCGAAAGCCAAAUCCACAACCCCUGCACCCACCAAACCAAAGCCAAAACCCAGUGGCGGAUCUUCCAAGGGAGCGCAGAAAGGCAUUGCUAACUUUUUCGGCAAGAAGUGA